AUGGCUAAGAUCAAUGAAGCGGUGGGCAUUAGGAGCCUACAAACACACAUUGAAGAUAUGCGAAGUCUGACACUCUGCAAGAUUUGUCUCAGGCCUUUCUACGAACCCUACAUCCUUGGCUGUGGCCAUACAUAUUGUUACAGUUGUCUGCGAAGCUGGUUCGGCGGAUCGUCCACAAGGAACAGAAGCAGGAACUGUCCAGACUGCAGAACGACCGUUACAAUCAUACCUGCGCCCAACUACCUUCUGCGAGAUUUGGCCCACCUAUUUGUAGGUCGAGCAGAACUGCUUCCCGAAGAUGAGACAGUUGCAGAUCAUGAUAGAGACAGGGCUGCAGAAGCACAAAUGUUGAGCAAGGAUCGAGAAGGCGCAGGUCUUUUCCAGGGGGUAUUCAAGAUGCAAACACUCCUCCCAAUAACAGGCAUGGAACGACCAAUACGCGAUCUCGAUGACGGAGUGUUUCGUUGCCCAAGUUGUGCUUGGGAACUAGAAGAUGGGGAAUGCUACAGAUGUGGAUGGGCACCAACUGAUGAUGAAGAUGUUGAUUUUUCUGGGCAGGAAGAAGAAGAAGAUGGACUGGCAUCAGGAAGCAGCGCGGCAAGUGUAGCAUUGAGCGACUUACGUCCGAACGAGACGCCGCAUUUCUAUGGUGUAGAGACUGAGAGCGAGGAUGGGGAAAGUAGUGGCAGAUUUGGUGGCUCACAACCUGACCAAUAUGACGAGCAUGACGAUUUUAUCGACAACGAAGUUGACGAUGAUGUUGACGACAUGGAGGGCGCUGAGUUUGACGCUUAUCCUACUGAUCCUGCGACGCCCUACUCAGACACCACUUCAUACGCAGAGGACGAUCAGCAGGAAGACUAUGGACGUGCCCGGGCAGCCAUGCACAAUAGCCAUCAACCCACUCGUCACCGCGUGAUACAUGAUUCGGAUGAUGAAGAGCCUACUGCACAGGUUUGGGCUUCAGACGAAGAUGUCCCGACUGCGCCACCUACACGGCGGCGGCGACCUAUUGCAGUCAGCGAUGAUGAAGAGGAAGAUCAUCCGGAAGAUCGUGAAUUCACAGAUGAAGACACAGAUGCAGACAUAGUCGCACACUUUGGCAGAAGACGUCGUGCACAAGAGCGCAUGCGCCAGGCUCGUCAGGAUGCGGCCGAGGACGAAGGGACCAGCGAUGGAUCGCAGUUGUCGGAAUCAACUUCAAGCUCAGAGUCAGAAGCCGGAACCAAUUCAGAUUCAGCGACAGGGUCUGAGUCUCAAUCUGAGUCAGCACAAGAAUCGAGACCUAAGCCGAGGUCGCAAUCAACCCGAGAAUCGACGACAGAUGAUACGGAUGAUACGAUAGGUCCGCCACAGUCAAUACGGGACAGGCGGAAGCGACUACAGCAUCAGAGAGAUAGAAGGGCAUCAUCACGUCCUACGAUAGACCUCAGAAGCGCUCCGCCUAGAAAUUACGGCAACGGAAGGAGGAACAGGACUACGCCUGUAUACUCGUAG